AUGCUGGCACGCAUGCCUCCACCAUCGAGCCAUUCGUCUCCUGGUAAGCCUGGCCCAGCACCACCACCACCACCACCAUCAUCAUCUCAUCAGCCGUUUGACAUGUUGCAGGGGUCAGCUACUGGUAUGGUAGCAACAGCCUGCCAGAUGCGUUGGAAGGAUUACCACAAGACAGCCCUGACAACCCGCGCAUGAUGCGUCGAGCAUCAGAGGCCGUGGUCCAAGCCGCGGGCUUUCAAAGGUACGUUUGCGGGUCUCCCUUUUGAGAUGCUGCUGCUCCAUGGUGUUCUUUUUCUUUUCCUUUUUCUUUUCCUUUUCCUUUUCCCUUUCCUUUUCCUUUUCCUUUUCCUUUUCCUUUUCCUUUUCCUUUUCCUUUUCCUUUUCCUUUCCCUUGACCUUUUUGUUGUCGUUUUCGUCUUCGUCUUCGUCUUCGUCUUCGUUUGGCCGGUCUGUGGGCCUGCUGUUCUGUUCGGGAUUCUCGGGGUUCUAGUCCCUCAGGCCGCUCAGUCGCUCAGUCGCUCAGUCGCUCAGUCGCUCAGGCCCUCGACGAGCGGCUCUCUGGCCCUGGUCCGCGCUUUCCGUACCAAGUGCCAGCCAUUUGCCCACGGCCAGCAACUGCCCACCUUGUCAACCCCAGAAAGCUCGGCCUACCUUCGGCACAGACGUCAUCGACCAGGAGCCGUCCCAGAGGAAUGCGGUUCGCGUGUUCGAGUCCGCUUGCACAGCAUUCACGCUUGCCAAGAGGUGGUCGCAAAUCUCUGAGGAAUUGGUUUUCGGGGAAAGGAUCGGCAGCGCAACGGACGCACUGGGAUGCGCGCAGUGCUGGACGUCCGACGCACAAAACGCAUGGAGCGACGCCCUUGCCUGCGCAACAUGUCCUGCGACGGGUGCUCGCUUGGCGAUAGAUGCGUGUCCGCCUCUCCGGCAGCUCGACAUUGCGCAAGCCAAUUUGCCGGCCAAAGCAUCUUUGGGGACUGGUUGCCCGGGCCCGGGCUCUACCGAUGUCGCCUACUGUCGGCCACAUUCCGCCGAUGGACGAGCACCGUGUCGAGCACCCUGUACACCCGGCAAUUCUCCAGGACCACUGGGAUCAAAGCCAAGGGCAACUCCACCUCGACACCACACAAUCAACCCUUGUGAUUCGCCCGCAAUCAGCGGCUGCGAACGCAGCCCACAAAGCCCCGCUGGCACCCAAACAGGGACCUGGAGGCGCCCUUGCGAACGCUCGUGGCCAACACUCGUCUCCCAUAUCAGGCACCUAUGCUCUUCGAACGCCCCGUGGCAAGAUCACAUCCAUAGCAUGCGAAAGCUGCCGGAAACGCAAGUCCAAGUGUGAUGGCGUUCGGCCCAAAUGCAACACGUGCCAGUCCAAGAAUCUGACCUGUGUCUACGACGUGGCCGAGGAUGGAAAGACGACAACCCAGCUGCGCGCCCAUGUCCGACGGCUGGCCAAGGAGCUCGAGGACAUGAAGUCUGUCGUUUCCCUGCUGGCCAUGGCUCCCGACAGGGCUGCCGCAGCCAAUUGGGCAUCUGAGCUCGAGAGGAACGGCUUUGCGCACCAUUCAGUCGACGAGAUCAAGCGCUCGCUCGGGGAUCCCAACGAACGGACGCCGGCCCUUCCAGAGCAAGACGCCUUCGGCACCCCGGGCAGCGAGAACUUCUCAGGCCAAGUGCCGAACCUGGGAGCUUCUUCAUACGACGGAUCCUCACGCGAAGAAAGAAGUCGGGAACACAGCCAAGCCGCUCUGAGCUUCGCACCUGAUACUGCAGUGGACGGUGUGACGGCCUUGAACUCGUCCCCAAUGACGCUCGAAUCGGCCGCGAAUGCCCUGAACAAGUUUGGCUUCGAUUGCGCCUACUACCGGAGGACAAAACAAGAACUGCUUGCCAACGGAUGGAGCGAGGCGCAAGUCUUCGGGAGAUUUGAGAUAGAUGUUGACUCGCUGUUGUUGGGCUUCGCCGAUCCUCAGGACACCCAGCCUGUUCCGGCGUGGUGCGCACGAACAGUGAACAAGAUCCUUCCGACUGCCACUCUUCCCGUUCGGCUUGCUUCCACCUGGAUCCUGACCAAGUUGAUUCGUUGGCUCAUCUGGCCAAGCGUGGAAAACAUGAACUCGAAUCCAGAAUGGCUGAUGCCUCCCAUGGGCAAGCAGGAGGUGUCCCCCUAUGACAUCCUAAUUGACCUUGUUCCAUGGCCACAAGUGCGGCGGCUCCUAUACCAACAUCCCCAGGAAUUUUCCGUCGGUCCUCUGGUAGGCGCUAUUGGCAUCACAUGGCCCUAUGCAGACGAUUCCUGCCACUACUGGGACAUCGAAGCAGGCUGCACGCGCAUGACGCCGCUGUUCGAGAGCGCGGUGGCCGACUUGAACAGCUGGACUCUGGAUCCCAAAAUACUCGAGAUUAUGCCCCAACUAGAAGGCAUGGUACCGAUGAAACCGGUGUUGGGGUAA